AUGUCGGACGGUGUCCACUUCACCUACUUCCCUCCCUACGAGGAGAUGAACUUCGCGGCCAACUGCACACUCUGGGGCAACUGGCUGGCAACUCUCCUCCUCCCCAACCCCUGGGACAAGUCCGACUCCAUAGGGGGUUCCUAUGCCAGCGGCAUUCUCUUGUUCCUCGCGGCCCUCCCGCCCGGGGGCCUGGACGAGGUGGCGAACCUGACGGUGGGCGACUUAGCCGGCCUGAUCUCGGAAUGGUUCGCCUGGAACCUCUUCGACGACACGCAGACGGACCCCGACAACCCCUGGCCCCCCAUGUUCACCAAAGGCCUGCUGGAAACGCCCGCAGACGCGUGUCCGGCCGAGUACUGCAAGGCCAUAGGCUACAUGGGAAAUGCUGACUUGACGGGCAUUGGCGUUUACGUCUCGUACUACGUCGAAGCAGGCCUUGCAACCCUCUACCUCCUCGCCUUCACCAUAUGGCACAUAGGGCGACACGUCAGUGCGAAGAACAAGCGCAGCGGCCGCGGCGGCGGCGGGCAGGACGGACAGGCGAGGGACGACAACAACAACCCCGACGCCGGCCCGGCCGCCCCCAAGCGAAUGACGUUCCUCCGGCGCACGCUCGACUCCUUCCGCGGCUCCCUCGACGCGUUCCUGACCUCGGCCAUGCUCAUGAGCAUCGCCAUGCUCCUCGCCGCGCUGUACACGUCCAUCUCGCACGGCCGCGAGCGCGCCUCCGGCAGUGCCCAGCAGACCCUGCCCUUCUUCGGCAGCGCCGUCUACGACAUGGUGCUCUCGCUGCUGGCCGCCACCUUCUCCGUCUUCCCCGUCAUGCUGCUGUACGCGCUGAUGGGCCGGCGCGAGAAGAAGGAGAAGGACCCCAAGGCCGGAUCCGGCGAGCCGGCGGCGGCGACGGCGGUGCCCAAGUGGCUGUCCACGUCAUCGUCGACGUCGUCGGCGGACGCGCACCGCGUGUGGCUGCGGCGGGGCGUCAUGGCGGUGCUGUGGAUCCUCGCGGUGGCGGAGGUGUACCUGUCGCCGCGCGGGGAGCGCGACUACGACGACCGGCACAACCGCAACCAGGUGGCCAACCAGGACGUGUGCAACCAGCGCGGCGGCACGCGGUACUGGCACGCCAUGAAGGCGGCGCAGGUGCUCAUCAUCGGCGCGCCCGUGCUGUGGCUCGUGCUGACGGCCUUCGUCGUCACGGGGUUCGGGAUCCCGGGGUUGGCGGACCGCCCGUGGGUCCGCAGGUGGCGCUCCGUCUGGCGCCUCGGCAUCGCGUGGCUCAACCUGCUGCUCAUGUGGGGCCUGCUUGCGUACUUCACGGUGCUCAGGCACAACAUCAUUGAGACCUCGGGCGGCCUCGACGAUGAGAACAAGUGGGGGUUCGGCCAGCUCCUCGCCCUGGCCACGUGGGUGCCCGUCCUGGCCGAGUUUCUCUACAUCUUCAUCUGGGGUCUCGAGGAGAGUCUGGACACGCACAUGCCGGCCGGCUUCUCGGUCACGCGAGACUUCGACCCGGGCCUCUUCCAUGUCGCCACCCUCGGCCUCGACCCCUUCAACCAGGCGGGUCAGGGUCAGGAGGAGCCGCUCAUGGGCGAGGCCAAGCCGCCUGGGGCCCAGUCGACCGUGGUGGAGAUGGUGCCCCUCCACACCGGGUACCAGGGCGGGCAGAUGGCGCAGAGCGUGCAGGUUGUUGGCGGGGCACAGCAGGCUGGGACGCACGUCUAUUAUGAUAAUCCCCCGCCUGGGCAGUCGCAGGGGCAGUCUCCGUGGCAUCAGUGGAAUAAUACGGGCUGGUGA